GAUUGUAAAUUGGCCGGAGCCUACAGUACCGUAGUACAGUACAGUACAGAUCUGGGAGAAGCCGCCGCCGCUCGACAGCUAGGUGCUCCUCCAGCAGGCCAAGGAAAGCUGUUCGAUGCGCUCUGCGCUCUGCGCUCGGGCUGCCCCUGAUCUAGUCCGGAAGGAACCGUGGCGCCGCCGCCGCCAACCCUCGGCCGAUGGUGUGAGCGACCCCCUUCCCAGGCCGCGGCCUCUCCCAGCGUCCGGCGCCAUGAACCUGCUCCCCGUUAAUCCGCACGGGAAUGGGUUGCUCUUUGCCGGCUUCAACCAGGACCACGGAUGCUUUGCAUGUGGAAUGGAAAAUGGAUUUAGAGUGUUUAAUGCAGAUCCACUCAAAGAGAAGGAGAAACAAGAAUUUCUAGAAGGAGGUGUCGGCCAUGUUGAAAUGUUGUUUCGCUGCAAUUACUUAGCUUUGGUUGGUGGAGGGAAAAAGCCAAAGUAUCCACCUAAUAAAGUGAUGAUCUGGGAUGAUUUGAAAAAGAAGACAGUUAUUGAAAUAGAAUUUUCCACAGAAGUCAAAGCUGUUAAGCUGCGAAGAGACAGAAUUGUCGUAGUUUUGGACUCUAUGAUUAAAGUUUUCACAUUCACGCACAAUCCUCACCAGUUACACGUCUUUGAAACUUGCUACAACCCUAAAGGUCUUUGUGUCCUGUGUCCAAAUAGUAAUAAUUCCCUACUUGCGUUCCCUGGAACACAUACCGGACAUGUGCAAAUAGUAGACCUGGCAAAUACUGAAAAGCCUCCAGUAGAUAUACCUGCUCAUGAAGGAGUCUUGAGUUGUAUAGCCCUAAAUUUGCAGGGAACAAGAAUUGCCACAGCAUCAGAAAAAGGGACCCUUAUAAGAAUAUUUGAUACUUCAUCUGGGCAUUUAAUUCAAGAGCUGCGCAGAGGAUCUCAGGCUGCCAAUAUAUACUGUAUAAACUUCAACCAAGAUGCUUCUCUUAUCUGUGUAUCAAGCGACCAUGCCACAGUGCACAUUUUUGCUGCAGAGGAUCCCAAAAGGAAUAAACAGUCAAGCUUAGCAUCAGCCAGCUUCCUGCCCAAAUAUUUCAGUUCCAAAUGGAGUUUUUCCAAGUUUCAAGUUCCUUCGGGCUCUCCCUGCAUCUGUGCCUUUGGAACAGAGCCAAAUUCUGUCUUAGCGAUCUGUGCAGAUGGCAGCUACUACAAAUUUUUAUUCAAUCAAAAAGGGGAAUGCUCCAGGGAUGUCUACGCUCAGUUCCUAGAAAUGACCGAUGACAACCUUUGACUGGACUGAUGGGAGUAUGGUUUGGUGGGGGGAGGUUAUCAGAAUCCCCUUCCCAAUUCUUCUCCUGUUGAAGAGACAACCUCUAACUUACUAAGUUGAUGGCGCUGUUCAAGAUGGGAUUGAUCCGGUCAACAAUUGGAACAAGGCAAAGGACUAAUACGUUAGCUCUCCACAGUUGGUUUUAAGCAUUACUUUCGGCAGCUGCUGUUCUUUUCCUCAAGUUUCAAUAUGAGGGUUCUCCCUGUUAAGUAUCAUGAAACGUAAUACCUGCCAUGUCAUAAAAUUGGAAAGAAGAGUUACUAGAGUUUUCAUCAGUUGAAGACUCUUCAACAAGCAAGCUAAUAUAUAUUUUGGAGAGUUGGAAAUGGUGUACCAGUCAUUUAUAGCAGCAGCUUUUGCCUUUACAGAUAUUGUUUCCUCCUAAUUCCCAGAAAGAAACUGUAGAAAAGUUGCUCUGAGUUGCAAUUACUCAAAAAUAGAACAAUCAAGUCUGUUUCCAUAUUGCUGUGAAUAGGUAUUUAUUCAUGUCAUGUAUCAGAGGUGCCAAAUAUUCUAUAGCAACCAACAUCAAGUGCUGUUAACUCAGUGAUUCUAUCAGGUAAGAACUGAGUGACAACAGAGAGGGCUUAUAAGGCUGUUGUCUCUAUCUAGGAUGUAAUCAUUCCAUAUUAUUAAAAUCUAGUCCCUUGUGUUCUGAUACUUAAGUUGGGGAAGAAAAGGGUUAAUAACAGCUCUCUGUGAUAAACAGCAGUUGCUGGACUCUGCUUCUAUAGCCUCCAAGAUUUACUCUUCUGUAUUCAGAACACACUAAUUUGCUGCCUCUUAGGUGAUAAAGGGACAUACCUAAAUUUUCAAAACACUUGAAAUGCAGGUAUGUGGACACUUAAUUUUAAAUUGCCAUCACCUCCUUACAGCACAGUUUCAAUUAUUAAUGUCUUUCAUUUACACACAUGCUUCAAAAUUUAUUGAAGGCUUAGUGCAUUCAGUUGUAAAGUAUCCAAACUUUUCACUUAAUUAAAACCUAUACUCAAAUGUGGGUUUGCAUGUUGCUUUUAAAUGUGAACUUAAUCAUGAAAGUUAUUUUGCACAUCUUUUGUAAUAUUCUUUAAUUAAAAGUGACUAAUUUACUGUA